AUGAUCUGCCAAGGAUUUUCUCAACUUCAAUGCCAUGUUUCGAUUGCAAUGAUUGAGAAAAAGUGCAAAAAUAUAGUGCUGUGCUUUGAUGGUACGCGGGAAAACUUCGGGCCACAGCCAAUAACUAACGUUUUGAAACUUUAUCAGAUGUUAGAUAAUAAUGAUGAUCGGGCACAAAUGUGUUAUUACCAGCCGGGUGUGGGGACUGAAGCGGACUUCGACCCUGUCACUGACGUUAGAAGAAAAUUCACUUCUUCUCAUUUUUCAAAUAUUACUGACGCAAUGUUUGCCUCGAGUGUUGAUCAUCAUAUUGUCGCAGGAUAUUUGUUUUUGAUGGAGCAUUUCGAGCCUGGCGAUCAAAUAUAUAUGUUUGGUUUUUCACGUGGAGCAUUCAUCGCUAGAGCACUGGCUGGCAUGAUUGAGCUUGUUGGUCUUCUCAAUCGUGGCCUUACUGGGAUGGUUAGUAUGGCUUGGAGGAUUUACGAGAAAUGGGAGUUCGCUGAGCAACCUGCGCAGCCAAACUAUAACAGCACAUUGGCUGAAGAGUUCAGAAGAACUUUCUCGCGAGGUUGCGAAAUAAGAGUGCGUUUUCAAGGAUUAUGGGACUCUGUCAAUUCUGUGGGGAUCUUGAGAGAUAGAUUGUUUCCUUGCACUCAAAGAAGUGGAAUUGUCGACCAUGUUAGACAUGCGGUCUCUCUAGAUGAAAGAAAGGGCAAGUUUAAGCAGCAAUCCUUCGCGCCAAGCCCUAACCAUAUUAAAGAUCAUUUUUGCGCUUAUGGUAGCUUGGAUGGCUCUCAAUCCAGCCACUCAACAAUCGAUUGUAGCCCCCCUUCAGGUGGGGCUAGUGCAUCAGAGUUUGCUGUAGCGAAAUUUAACAGUGAAAAUCCUUCCAAUGUGAUUCUGGCUUCUACUUUCGCACACCAAGGUGAUACCGGCACCUCAGUUAAGCAAAAGAGCAAACUAUUAGAAGAUUUCGCACCUGGCCCCUACGAUUCGGGUCAGGCAUCUAAAGAUAAAGCUAAAAGUACCUCCGGCAACGAAAUUAAGUCAAUCAGCGGGUCUCCAGCGGUCACACCAGAUCUUAUAGAGAAGUGGUUUCCUGGCGAUCAUUCUGACGUUGGAGGCGGCUGGAGUGCUGAUUGUGCAACAAGAGAAAACCUAUCGAACUUAUCAAUGCGUUGGAUGAUCGCCGAAGCUUUUAAACACGGAGUGAAAUUCAAACCUGACUCUAUACAUGAAUUUGCCUCCAAACAUACUACUAUUGGGUCUUUGUUCUCCUCGAUUCACGACAAGCUCAGCUUUAACCAUGGAAUCAUGCUUGGACCAUUAGAUGAUGAAAUAACAGAGGCAUGUUGGAACAGAACCUCUGACGCCGAUUCCUCGCUGGUUACUCCUUCAGUGACUGUAAGCUGGUUCACUAAGGUUUUGACGGAUCUUCGUGAUUAUAGGAGAGCUGAGAAGCUAAGCGACGAAGAGGUUGCUAGAGAGACCUACAGUUCCCAUUGUAGCAGGACCAGCAUGUUCGAAACCUUCCUAUGGUGGAUUUUGGAGUUUAUCCCCAUAGGCCUGAGAGUUGAGAACGAAGCUGGGAAAUGGAGAAAUGCUUACAUUCCAAAUCUAGGUAGACAUCGCUAUGUUCCCCUCGAUUGCGACAUGCAUUGGUCAAUAUUUUGGCGAAUAAAAUAUGACAAAAGGUACAGACCAACCAAUCUACCAACUUUUGCAAGAGAUCUACUAGAAGAGUUUGAAAAUAUUCAUGUGAGUUCUCCUACCGUGGCAAAUAUCAAUACCAUAGCUUCCCCAUUAAAGACAUACCCUCAUAGCCUCGAACAAAACAGCGUUCCCGAAGAACACAAUGAUGAUGCCCUAAGUGCAAUGCAGUCCCUACUACGCAAAGAAGACCUUGAAAGAAUUGCAGUGGAACGGACCGCUACAAAGAAUUACUUCAAAAUGAAAAAAGCAUUUCAUCAUUGGAGUUUGAGUUCCUGGAGAGAAUUUCCUGAUGAUUUAAAAGAUAUCCUAAAUGAAAAUCCAUCUUUGUAA